CAUAUGAUUCCGAGGUGGAAUCCAAAUCCCGGAGUUUCAUUUCCCAGGAAUCCAAUUUCAACAAGGGUGAGGGGAAGAGGAAGGAGUAAUGCUUGCGAAUCGUGCACUCGAGCAAGUUUCUUACAUCUGACCCUUUAAUUUUCCUCCAGCCAGUGGGGACGGAGAAGCGGGAAGUGAAGGUUCGCGGCUCCAUUUUCUCUGAGAGGCAGUCUAGGGUUCGAAUCCGGCCGGGCGAGAGGAGGCAGCGGAUUCAGGCCGCACGGACGGGAAAAAUACGUCGUGGAGGGCGAGAGAAGCAUGGAGAGCGCACUAGCAAGCGCUGCGUGCAUCGCCGAUCAGAGGCAGAAGGUCGAACAAUACAAACACAUACUCGCGUCAGUGUUUUCCACCAACAACGCGGCGGAUGCGAAGAAAUUGAUCGACCACUUGGUGUCGGACGACGUUCCAUUGGUCGUGUCGAGGCAGCUGCUUCAGGCAUUCGCGCAGGAACUAGGAAGGUUGGCCCCGGAGAUGCAGAAGGAGGUGUCGCAUUAUGCGCUGGUUCAAAUCCAACCGCGCGUCGUCUCCUUCGAGGAGCAGGUGUUAAUUAUUAGAGAGAAACUUGCUGAACUAUAUGAAUCUGAAGAACAGUGGUCAAAAGCAGCUCAGAUGCUUAGCGGCAUUGAUCUUGAUUCUGGAAUAAGAAUGGUUGAUGAGACAUAUAAACUUGCAAAAUGUGUCCAAAUAGCUCGUCUUUAUCUUGAGGAUGAUGAUGCUGUAAACGCAGAAGCUUUUAUUAACAAAGCUUCCUUCUUGGUCAGCAGUAGCCAACAUGAAACAUUAAAUUUACAAUACAAGGUCUGUUAUGCACGAAUCUUAGAUCUCAAGCGCAAAUUUCUUGAAGCUGCCCUGCGUUAUUAUGACAUUUCUCAGAUAGAGAAGCGCCAAAUUGGGGAUGAGGUGAUUGAUGAAGAAGCACUGGAGCAAGCACUGAGUGCUGCAGUCACCUGCACCAUCUUGGCUGCAGCUGGUCCACAACGUUCAAGAGUUCUUGCCACCUUGUAUAAGGAUGAGAGGUGUUCAAAGUUGAAGAUCUACCCAAUCCUUCAAAAGGUAUAUCUAGAGAGAAUAUUGCGAAAGCCAGAAAUUGAUGCUUUUGCUGAAGAACUAAAGGCUCAUCAGAAAGCUCUUUUGCCUGAUAAUUUCACUGUGCUGGAUCGUGCUAUGAUUGAACAUAAUCUUUUGAGCGCAAGCAAGCUCUAUACAAAUAUAAGCUUUGAAGAGCUUGGCCAGCUACUUGGGAUUGCUCCUCAAAAGGCCGAGAAGAUAGCAUCAAAGAUGAUAUAUGAAGAUAGAAUGAGAGGUUCUAUUGAUCAGGUUGAGUCAGUCAUUCACUUCGAGGAUGAUACAGAAGAGCUGCAACAGUGGGAUCAGCAGAUUGUUGGAGUGUGUCAGGCCUUAAAUGAUAUUCUUGAUAGGAUGGCGAAAAAGGGUCUCAAUGUAGCAGUCUGAGUUGUUUAUGGCGCAGAAUUUACAACUGGCAUAUGUCCCUUUUGGAAGGCGUGAAUCGGUGUUGUAUUAGCUUUCAUUGUCUCAAGCCUUCGCAUCCCUUUCCUUCGAUAUCAUUUUUCUAGGUUGGAAAUUGACAGUUUUGGCGUUUUCUCUUUGAAGCGCAUAAGAAGUUUCUCACAUGAUGGUUUACUUGUGGGGGGUUGGGAAGAGCCGGCAGCACAUCAAACAAACAGCACAUUGCUUCUCGAAUGUUUUAGUAGUCCUUGUUUUUGAACUUCAGGUGUAUCUAGCUUUUUUAAAAAUCAAACAAUGAAAAUAGAUGGCGUGGGUUUGAUCGAA